CAGAGCCACGGUGCAGCCGCCGCGGGGACGGCACGAAGGCAGCAGCAAGGGAGACAGUGGGUUGGCCCCACUGAUAGCGGGUCAGCUCAGGAGGAGCCACAGCGAUCGGGUGAUGGAAGGGUCGAGCAGCAAGAAGUGACGGUGAGCAGGGCGUGCACGGGGGGCAGCCCCAUGGGGGUUCGGUCAUCAGAGGGAUCGGUGCAGCAUGGAGGCUGCCAUCACCCCACCCAAUGCCUCCAGUAACAGCAGCCAGGCCGGCAGCCCCCCACACUCGCCGGCAGCCACCGGGCUCAUCCUGCUGGCCGUGCUGGCCGUGCUGCUGGCCACGCUGGUGGGCAAUGCGCUGGUAGUGGCAGCCGUCUCCACCAGCCGGGCCCUGCGUGCCCCGCAGAACCUCUUCCUGGUGUCCCUGGCUUCAGCGGACAUCCUGGUGGCCGUCCUCAUCCUACCCUUCUCGUUAGCCAAAGAGGUGAUGGGCUACUGGUACUUCGGCAGCUUGUGGUGCAGCCUCUACCUGGCGCUGGAUGUGCUGCUGUGCACAGCCUCCAUCGGGCACCUCUGUGCCAUCAGCCUGGACCGCUACUGGGCCGUCACGCGGGCGGCACGGCUCAACCUGCGGCGCAGCCCUGGCCGCGUGAAAGGGAUGAUCGGGGCGGUGUGGGCCGCGGCCGCCCUGGUGGCCUUGCCACCCCUCUUCAAGGCCCGGCCGCGGGCACGGCAGUGCGAGCUGAUCGACGAGACGUGGUACGUGCUGGCCUCCUGCGUCGCCUCCUUCUUCGCCCCGUGCCUCGUCAUGGUCACCGUCUACUGCCGCAUCUACCGCCUCACCAUGCGUCGGAGUGCCGCCGUGCUCGCCGCCCGCCGCGGCUCGGCCCCGUGCCCUGGGGAUGCCAACAGGAGGGCAUCAUGGGCUGCAGCACCGACCCGGCGGCACCGGAGCCAGCACCAGAGCGUGUCGCUGUGCCGGCGGCGCUUACUGCGGGUGCGGGAGCGGCGCUUCACCAUCGUGCUGGCCGUGGUGAUGGGGGCCUUUGUGCUCUGCUGGUUCCCCUUCUUUUUCACCUACAGCCUGGAGGCUGUGUGCGGGGAGGGGUGCCGCGUCUCCAAGCCCCUCUUCAGCUUCUUCUUCUGGAUCGGGUACUGCAACAGCAGCCUCAACCCCAUCAUCUACACUGUCUUCAACAGGGAUUUCCGUGCUGCGUUCCGCAGACUCCUGGCUGCCCUGGUCCGGCACGGCUCUUAG